AUGAUAUUUACAACACAAGAAAUUAAUAAUGGUGUUAAUGAAAAAUCAAAAUUAAAUUAUUUAGUACCAAUUGGAUAUAUAGCAAGAAAUAGAAGAGAUGAAAUAUUAUUUAAAGAGAGAUCAAAUAUUAGAUUUUAUACAGAUGAGAUUACAUUAGAUUCGAGUGUAUUCAUAAUUAAAUCAAAGAAUCGUGUAUCAUUUGUACAUGUAGAUGCAAAUUAUGAUGAUAAUAUUAGUUUAGGAAAGAUUGAAGAGGAAUUACAAUAUGUAUUAAUGGAUGAGGAGAAUGGUUCUGCCAAUAAAAUCAUGGUUUGGAGAUGUUUUAAUAUACCAGUUAGAAAAGAUGCCGUUGCAAAACAACAAGAAACCAAUUCAACAAUUGAAUUGAUUUGGUUUGAUAUUCAAGAGAAAUUAAAAGAGAAAUUAAAAGAUUUAAUAGAAUUUAAAGAGAUUAAUGUCGUUGAAAGUAUUAGUAUCUCUUUGGAUGAUAAAACACCACAAUUGGCUAGAAUCUCUUUAGAAAACCUUCAAACUUGUUCAAUCAAUCAAACAUUAUUAAAUUCAAUUUCAAUCAUUAACGAUUUCGUUGAUCCUGCUAUCGAAUUAAAAGGUCCACCUGAAAAUAUUAUCAUCUUUCAAGAUGGUUGUUGGAAUGAAAAAUUAAUUCAUCAAGUAACAACUCCAAAUCCAUUAGCAAAUGAUUUCCUUAAUAAUGAUCCAAAUAAAUAUGUUAAUUUUUUGGAUUCUUUUUUAAAAGUUCAUAAAACAAUUAAUUCAACUCAAUUAAAUAAUUUUAUUGAUCAAUUAUUUCAAUCUAUUAAUGCAUAUAGAGAAUCAUUUAAUAAAGGACCAAUUCAAAAAUUAAAAGUUAGUCCAAACGAAAAUUGUCCAUGUAAAUCAAAACAAAAAUUUAAAAAAUGUCAUGGUUCUAUUAAAAAUGGUAUUGUUCGUAAAGUUUAUUUAGAAUAUUAA